AUGCUAGAACGUCAAUUACGUGAUCGGUUUGCAACGGGUCUCAACCAUCCCCGACUUGAAGUGGAAUUGAAACAAAGGUGGCCAGAGCUAAAAACAUUCGAUGAUAUUGAAGGCAUAGAAAACGAAGUGUCGUUCGCGGAAGUUUUCAAAAUAGCGCUAUCAAGAGAGUUGGCGGAAAAAGACAUUGUAGAAAGUGAAUGCGCGGAAGUGAAAAAGAUAGUAAAACGUCGUGCGAAAAUCGGUAAGCGGAUCCGAAUUUUGUCGGAAGAACAAUGUUUAAGAUGUGGUGCGCGUGAAAGACAUUCAAAAGACAACUGCAAGGCGGCGAAUCACAAUUGUGAAGCGUGUGGCAAACGUGGACAUUACGGGUCGUGCUGUAUAAGAAAAGGCAGAGCUAAAUUGAUUGCGAGAGACAAAAAGAAACAACAGCGUAUUUACAACGUAAAAAAUAGUGAUACAUCUAUUUCGAGUUGUGAGCAAGUUUUUAAAGUAAUGAGUGCCAUUGCUAAGAAAAGAAACAUUGACGUUAAGAUAAACGGUGUCACGUGUACGAUGGACUGGGAUCCGGGCGCGUCAGUUUCCAUUAUAAGUACAGAUUUUUGGAAACAGAUCGGAUCACCAACGCUUAAAGGGAAGCCAAAACUACGGGCUUAUGGCAAUUUCGAUUUACCUUGCCAAGGGGAAGCUACAGUGACAGUGACGCUGAACAAGCGAACGCGAUCUUUGAAAGUAGUCGUGGUGGACAACGCGAAUCCAAUGUUAUUUGGCUUAGAGUGGAAUGAAGCCUUCAAUUUGCCACUGCCCGAACCAGUGUACAACGUAGAUCGUGUUAACAACCACGUGCAGCCGACAACGAAACCACUGCAUCAGAAGUUAAAUGACAUAUUGGAAGAGAACAAGCAGCUAUUCGAAGAAGGACUGGGAAAAAUAAAUAACUACCAAGUUAAAAUUCACGUAAAGGAAACAGCAACACCAAUACAUAUUCCAGCCAGGCCAGUCCGAUUCGGAAUUCAAAAAAGCGUGGAAUUCGAACUUGAAAGGUUACAGCAGCUUGGAAUAAUCUCACCUGUUGACCCCAACGAAACACCGAUCGAAUGGGCAAUACCCACUGUCAACGUGGUUAAACGGAACGGAAAUAUACGUAUUUGUGGUGAUUUUCGUGUUACACUGAAUCCAGCACUAGUAACAAUACGACAUCCAGUACCAACAUUCGAAAACAUCCGUCAGCAGUUUGCCAAGGGUGAGAAGUACACGAAAUUAGAUCUACGCGAUGCCUAUCUACAAUUCGAGAUUAGUCCAGAGUCAAGGAAAUACCUAAUCAUAUCCACACACAAAGGAUAUUUUCAGUAUAACCGUAUGACUCCUGGUAUAUCGAGUGCACCCGGAACAUUUCAAAAUUAUAUGGAAAAUCUACUUGCUGGCAUACCCAACGUUGCAAUCUAUUUCGACGACAUAGGCAUUACAGGUCCAGAUGAAGAUAGCCAUCUAAGAUCAUUAAGAGAAUAUCGACUAUUUGGGCCAUCAAUUCAACCGAAAAGGGAGCUAUCCAGUGGAAGACAAGCUGAUAGCAAUAAAAAAUGCAGCACUAACAAGAAGGAGUUACGAUCCUUUCUGGGUUUGGUCAAUUUUUACGAGAAAUUCAUACCCAACUUACAUGGAGCAUGUUCCGAACUACACGCAUUAACUGGUACAAAGUCGCAAUGGCGAUGGUCAAUAAAGGAACAGAAACAAUUUGAUAAUGUUAAACAUAUGAUAGCUAGCGCCCGUCAUCUAACUCCUUACGAUCUCACAAAACCGCUUUAUUUGGCAACAGACGCAUCCGAUGUAGGCCUUGGUGCUGUUUUAUAUCAUCAGGACGAGGCUAACAACGAGUUACCUAUCGCCUACGCGUCACGAAAAUUGAACGAAGCAGAACAAAAAUACGCUACCAUUGACAAGGAGGCAUUAGCAAUAUUUUUCGCCGUGAAGAAAUUUGAUCCAUAUUUACGUGGGACAAAGUUUACAUUAAUUACGGAUCACAAGCCGCUUCAACAUCUGUUGGGAGACAAACGAAAUUUGCAAAAAAUCAAUAUUCUAGCUGAUUGCUUAUCACGCUUACCAAACGCACAUGAAGCAAUUUCGGAGGAAGCGCAGAAGAUUCAUAAAAUUUAUGCGGUAAUUCAAAUACGGAAGCUUGAUGAUAUUGUACUAACAGAACAGGAACUUAGGAAGCAGACGAAACAUAACCUAAUAUUACGACGAGUAAUUGAGUUAAUUGAGCGUCACUGGCCAGACACGAAGUGUGUCAACAACGAGCUGAAACCAUACUACGACAAACGGGAGGAACUAUCAUACGAAAACGGUAUUUUGAUGUGGCAAGGACGAAUUAUCGUGCCCGAUAAUCUUCAAGAAGUAACAUUGAGGCAUCUUCAUAGAGGGCAUCCAGGCAUUGGCUCUAUGCGUGCGUCAGCGAGGUACUAUGUAUGGUGGCCGAACAUCGACAAGGACGUGGAACAUACAGUGAAAUCAUGCAUGGCAUGUCAACGUCAACGCCCAAAACAAUCUGAACUGCCAAUCUACUUUUGGUCCCUGCCAGAGCAUUGUUGGCAACGACUGCAUGUGGACUUUGCAGGUCCCUUCGAAGAAAAAAUGUGGAUUGUGCUUGUUGAUGCUUUAUCAAAGUGGGUAGAAGCAGAUGUACUUUAUGCUGCCACCACAAGAACUUUGUGCAAAUUCUUAGAGGAGAAGUUUAUAACAUUUGGUUAUCCGGAAAUUAUCGUGUCGGAUAAUGGUAGUCAAUUUACGUCAGAAGAGUUUCGAAAUUAUUGUCAAAGUCAUGGAAUAAAACAUGUAACGUCUUCACCGUACCAUCCGAAAACCAACGGACUAGCCGAACGAUUCGUACGAACAUUCAAGGAGCGCAUGAAAGCCACUGAAUAUGAUGGUUUAUCACAACGUCAGCGCUUGCGCACAUUUCUAUUUACAUAUCGAAACACACCACACUCCUUUACAGGGAAGGCAUCAUCUGAAUUUUUGCUAGGUCGACGCCUGCGAACUUUAUUUGACAAUCUGAAGCCUAAUGUACGGCGAGAGAUGCAUUUUAAACAUGUAAAACAAAAUCUUCAAGCAGAGCAGUCUAACAGAGAGUUCCAACCAGCACAACCAGUAUUCGUAAAGACAGACAUCGAGAAAAUGUGGGAACCAGCCAACAUAGUCGAAAGAACAAAUCGAUAUUCCUACCGUGUUCGAACAAAGGACGGUGUAGAAAGAAGACGACAUGCAGAUCAUAUCCGAGAACGGAGGGUAAUACCACCAUCAAUCGACUUCCGGGAUGUCUCAGAUUUUAGGCGAAACAGUUUCCAUUACCAAUCUGCAAGCCCGACAGCAGAUGAUGAACAGGAACAUCAGCAGUCUAUGCAGCCCGUCGCAUGA